AUGGCGACGAACGCUAUUAUCUACCACAUUGAUUCUCUCGGUUGCACUGAUGGCGGUCACAAGGCAAAAGAACACUUUGAAGCAAUGCAGUGGUUUCUCGAAAACGCCGUUACAGAGCAAUAA